AUGGAAUCUGUUGAUCAGAUAAAUAGUAAAUUACAAGAAUCAAGUUCACAAUCUUCUAAAAAUGAUGAUAUAAUAACUUCAUAUAAUCCAAUAAAAGAUUCAUCAUUAUUAAAUUUUGGAAAUAUUAGUAAUAAUAAUAACAAUAAUUACCAAAACAUUUCACCAUUAACAUCAUCAACACAACAAGUGUCAAUCCAAUCAUCACAAUCAGCAAUAACUUCCAAUUCUACAUCUACUUCAUCAUUAUUACUACAUCAUUCUCGUCGACAUAGAUUAAGUGUAAGUCAUGAAGAUAUGAAUUUAGAUUUAGUUGAUCCUGGUACUAUUAAAAUUGAUUGUAGUGGAGCAUAUAUUGCAAAUGAUGAUUUAUUAAGAAGUUCAAUAACAAAUAAUGAUGAAGAAUUAAGUUCUUCAAAUUCAAAUUCAAAUACUCCAACACCACCAUCUUCAAAUACUUCUUCAGAUUUCGAAGAUGAGAUUGAAGAAGAUGAUAUACUAGAAAAUGAUAAUCAAAAUACAAAUGGAUUAAUCACAAAGAAUAAUAUAACAUUACCUAAACAUAAUGAUGAAAUAAUUCACAUAUCAGUAGAUAUAGGAGGUACAUUAACAAAAUUAGUAUAUUUUAGUAAAUCAACUAAAAACACCAAACAAAUAGGAGGUGGGAAAUUACAUUUUAAAGAUUUUCAAACCGAAAAUUUUAAAAAUGAAGUAAUGAAGUUCAUGAUACAAUUAAUAACUAGAUCAAUAUCAAAGGAAAAUAAAAAUCCUCCAAUAACUUAUAUUUUAGCAACUGGAGGAGGAGCUCAUAAAUUUUAUAAUUUAAUGACAAAAACAUUUCGUAAAAAAAAUCUUCCAAUGAAAAUAUUAGCAAAAGAUGAAAUGGAAUGUUUAAUAAAAGGUCUUGAUUGGUUAAUUACAAAAAUCCCACAAGAAAUUUUUAUUUAUGAUUUAAAUGAAUCAUGUACAAAGUUCCAACCACUACAAAAUGAAAAUGAAAUAUAUCCAUAUUUGUUAGUAAAUAUAGGCAGUGGAGUAAGUCUAAUCAAAGUAACAAAACCUGGUCCAGAAGGAUUUGAAAGAAUUGGUGGGUCUUCAUUAGGUGGUGGGACAUUAUGGGGUUUACUUUCACUAUUAACUGAUGCAAAAGAUUAUAAUGAAAUGUUAGAAAUGGCACAGAGAGGAGAUAAUGAAAAUAUUGAUUUAUUAGUUGGUGAUAUAUAUGGUACUAAUUACAAUAAAAUUGGAUUAAAAGCAAACCAUAUAGCAUCAAGUUUUGCAAAAGUUUUUAAAAAAUUAAGAUUCAAUAAUAAUAAUUCUAAUGCAUCAGAAACUACACCUAUUUUAAAUCCAGUUGAAAAAUUAUCACAAUUUAAACAAGAAGAUAUUGCAAGAAGUCUUUUAUUUUCAAUAAGUAAUAAUAUUGGUCAAAUUGCUUACCUUCAUGCUUUAAGAUUUGAUUUAAAAAGAAUUUAUUUUGGUGGUAGUUAUAUAUCAGGUCAUAUGCAAACUAUACAUACUUUAAGUUUUGCUGUUAAUUUUUGGUCAAAAGGUGAUAUGGAAAGUUAUUUUCUAAGACAUGAAGGUUAUUUAGGUUCUGUUGGAGCUUUUAUGAUGGGUCCAGCAACUGCUUAA